AUUAAAGUGGUUGAUUGUUUAAACAUAUGGUUAAAAAUUAUUAUUGUUGUUUUGUGUUUUUUAAGAUCAGCAAUUAAAAUCGCAGUUGACAAAUGCUAAUUGAUGUUUUUGGUGAUAAAUAAAUGUGUGAAUUUUAUGUGCAAAUAAAAUGAUCCGAAAAGAAAUAUUAGCAGCUAUAUCAGCAUCUCUGAGUGUAAUCACAGUGGGUAUAGAUUUUGGAUGGCCAUCGCAUGCCAUACCGAAAUUACUAGACCCCACGACAUCUGCAGUAGAUUUCACCAACAAUGAUGGACCAUUAUUAAUAUCUACUGGAUUUAUUUGUGGCAUGGUAGCAUUUCCAGUUGCGACGUAUUUAUUUAACAAAAUUGGAAGAAAAUAUGCAUUAUUACUGUCAGCAAUUCCACACGUUCUUGGAUGGGUAAUAAUUGGAACUUUAUAUCACCAAAAACUAUUUAUUUUCAUUGGAAGAGGUUGUGUUGGAUUUGGUGAUUCCAUGGUAUUUCUAACAUUACCAUUUUACCUGGCAGAAAUUUCAAGUGAUUAUUGUCGUGGAGCAAAUUCAUCUUUGUUUGCGAUUAUGUACAACAUUGGAGCAUUGAUAUCUUGCUCAGUCGGACCAUUUUUACCCUUUCAUGUAUUCCCUUACGUUGCUAUAAUGUUUAUACCAAUAUUUGUGAUAACUUUUCUAUUUAUGCCAGAAACUCCACACUAUUAUGUUUUGAAAGAAGAAUAUGGUGUGGCUAUGGAAUCAUUGAAAGAAUUACGAAGGCCAUCAACGAAGGCAAUUGAUGCAGAAUUUCAAUCAAUUAAAGGAGCAGUUUCCGAAAAUUUAUCAGCACAACCAUCCAUUUGUGAAUUAUUUAGUGAACCACAUAAUCGUAAAGCAUUCUUUAUCGUAUGUGUAAUGGCAACUUUAGAACAAUUCAGUGGUAUUACAGCUAUCUUGUUCUAUUGCCAGAAAUUAUUUUCCAGUUCAGAGUAUUCAUUACUGCCAGCUAAUGUAUCUGCAAUUAUAUUUGCCUCAGUCUUUUUAUUUGGAGCAUUUUUAACGACAGUUACAGUCGAUAAAAUUGGUCGAAAAAUGUUGGCUUUAAUUUCAUGUAGUGGUUGCUUCGUUUGUCUAAGCUUUUUGGGUGCUUACUUUUAUAUUCAAGUUGAAAUGCCAACCGUUGAUGUAAGGCCAUAUAAUUGGAUUCCAUUAGCGUUAAUUAUACCUUAUGUCGUAUUUGCUGUGGUGGGAUUAGUAAAUAUACCAAUGAUUUUAAUGGGUGAACUGUUCCAUGCGAAAUUUAAGGCAGUUGGCUCAGUUUUGUUUGGUAUAUAUAUGUCUUUAAUAAUUAUGGCUGCAACUAAAGUAUUCCAAUACACAUCAGACGAAAUUGCAUUAUAUGUUCCAUUUUGGAUAUUUGCAUUAAAUUGUUUAUUUGGCGUACUAUUUUCAAAAUUUUAUAUGAUCGAAACUAAAAAUAAAACUUUAGCUAAUAUUCAAAAGGAAUUGCGCAGAGGUGAAAACAAAAGAAAGAUUCCAGGAUUAAUUUAAAUACUUGUAUUUCUUUAUUAUUUUAUUUUGUACAAAAUUUAUCAAACAAUUGACAAUAUUUGUAAAGAUAGAACUGAAUAUUUUAGAAUUAUUUACAGAAUAAGAUUCGGGAAUGAUCCUAAAAGCAAAGACUUAUUUUUAAUACUAAUACGUUGUUUAUGCAAUUGCUGUACUAUAUCUAAUAAAAAAAAAAAAACGAUUGAUUUUAAAAGUAAAAUAAAAAUAAAUUAGUUUGUUUGCAACAAAUAAUUCACACGAAAUAAACUACAGAAACAUUUUUCUUCGAUUGCAGUCUUGAUUACUCAGUAUAUUUAUUUAAAACUUCAGCUCACACUUGCUGGCUUAAGUUUUAAUUUUCGCAAUUCACAGUCUUAGCAAACAAUUGAAUCUAAAAAAAUUGCUUCAACACACAACCACCUUCUGUUAAAGUUAUUAUUCUAUUGAAAUAUGGUAUGAAGUAAUUAUCAGCGUUUAGAUUCAAUACGAACAAGUUUUAUUAUACAUAUACAGGGUGUUCUAUUAUAUUGAUAGCAGAAAUUUAUACCAGUAAAUUAAGCUUAUCAAGGCAAAUGGAAAAGCUCGGUACCAAAUUUUGAUUUGAGGUCUAACUUGGGAAAUAUGACUAUGAGAAAAAUUGAAGGAUUUAUGCAUUCACAGACCAAUCAAACUAAUAAAUCGAAGUAGGUGUCACUUUAGGAUAUAGAGGGAACUAUCAUAAAACAAUAAUUGAUUGUAAAUUGAUUAAAUUGGGUAGGCAAUACCAAAAAA